ACGUUCGUUGAUCAAGAGCUAGCUCUAGCUAGCUAGCUAGCUAGCUGGCUAGCGCUAGCUAGCUAGCUAUCUCCAAAUAUUGCAAAGCGUGGGAAAUUCGAUAUGCAUAUCUGCUGCAAACUCUGAAUCUGACCACUCAUCCUAUGAACAAAGUUAUCUGACCAAAGUUUACGAUACUAGUACAUCGCUGUAUAUUCUUCGUUGCUUGACUAGACAAUUGUUGGUCCAUUAAAGUAUUAACAGUUGGGGUUGUCUUGAUUCUGGAGCUGGAGUUGGUGUGGAACUCGAGGGCUGUCUGACACCGUCGCGACCGUGACCGUGAGUUGGAAAUCUUCCCCGCCGAGGCCAGCCCCGUUGCACGUGGUCCCUACCACUACUAAUAUACCAGUACCACUGAUGUUCGUGCAUGCUCCACUCCAAACCCUCCACUUCACCACCGGAGUACCGCUACACUACGCUCCACGUCCUACCCGAAUAUCAAGGUAACUGUAGUCCUCUAGAAAAGGUGGUGGCCUUGGCAUGGAAACACAUUCCCCAGCCACUGUGUCUGUGCCUCCCAAGUGCGUGAGGAGAUUUGAAUGGGAAGACGAGGGAGAAACCAUCUCUGUUCUAAUUCCAGAGGUGAUUGAUCCUGCAUAUGGCAUGUAUGUUUGGCCCUGUGCUCCAGUACUUGCUCAAUAUGUGUUUAAUAACAGGGAAUGGAUUCAGGACAAGCACGUUUUGGAGCUUGGAGCCGGCACCAGUCUACCUGGCAUAAUGGCAACUAAAUGCGGCUCGAAGGUCACCCUAAGCGAUGACUGCAGACAGCCUAGGAGCAUUGAGAACAGUCGAAGAAGCUGCAUUGCCAACCAUCUGGAGGAUAUCAAUGUGAUUGGUCUAACAUGGGGGCGUGUCUCUCCAGACAUGGCAACACUUCCAGUGGUUGAUGUGGUGCUAGCAUCGGACUGCUUUUACGAUUCAAAAGACUUUGAGGAUGUCUUGGUGACAUUUCGCUAUUUCAUUGACAAGAAUCCAGAGUGCCAGUGUUGGGUCACCUAUCAAGAAAGAAGCUCUGAUAGGAGUCUCAAGGCUCUGCUUGAGAAAUGGAGUCUCUCAUGCACACACAUCCAUCUCUCUUCCUUUGGGGCAGAGUCACCAACCCUUGCUGGCUCCACCUUACCUGGCAACCAUAAGAUCCAGAUGAUGAUCAUAAACAAUGGAUGAGAGAGCAUCAAAAAGCAGAGUGCAGAGACAGAGGUGGGCAAAAUGAAUGCAGAAGAAAUCCAUUGAGGGUGGUCAGGCAAGGAAGGAAUGCAGUCAAGGAAGAUGCUUCACGGCAGAUGUCACUCUACAACACCUUGAAACUCCUGGGCCAGACAGGAAAUCAUCUUGCAACCUUCAGGGCAUCUUAAGCAUUAUGCAAAGUAAUCAGUGUAUUGCUUCUGCUUCAGCAGCCUUGGCCAGAGGUAGGUCUUCAUAUGAAGAUAGCAGUCUGACAUGCUGAGUACCGAUUACUGUCAUUCUCAGUGUCUUUGUACCACCUGGUUCCAGUAGGUAACAGGUUAUCAAAACAGGCACAAGAACAGCAGUGUUACUUCAAGGUCGUCUCAAAUGGUAAAGGUAUCCUCCCAAAUGGUGCGUCCAUGGCUCUUGCGCUUGCAAGAUUCUACUGCUAGUCAAGAAAAUAAACACUACCCACUUUCUUGUAGCUAUCAACUGCAGCAGAUUUCUACACCAUACACCUGUUGCACAUCAUCUGUCAUGAACUCUCUUAUAAUCAUUUUGUGCCUUGAACUGAUGAUAGCAUUGUAACUUGCUUGGUGUCAUACCAGGAAGUAGCCGCUAACUGGCCCUUGCAAUACUGGUGUGUCAUGUUUUUGGCUUGCACUAGCAGACCUUAGCUCUACUUGAAUUCCUCUCCUGUUGAUGCAAGCAGUGCCACAAGCUCCCAAGUUUUUUCUCUCAGGUUGUCAAAUAAUCAAGGGGACGAAAGAAAUAGAAAUCAUCUAUGUAGAUUGUGCGACUUGACCCAGCUUACGAAAGUGACAGCUCCUUCACAAGUUGUGAUGUCAUUAUUCUCCAUUGGCUGGAAUGUUGGGGUCCUUCCCUGUGUAACGAUUCUAAUCAAGGCAGAAUCAUGUUGAGUCAGUAAUGACAAAGAAUUUUACUCCCCAUUUCUUUGGCUUGAGUGGUAGAUAUCAUUUAAAGCUGGCUACUGGGAUGAGAAUCUGUUAAUCUAAUACAGACAGAAACAAUAGAGCACUGAUAAAGUACAAAAUAAAGGGGAAAAAAGUACAGCGUACAAAAUCUACAAUGCAGCACAAAAUACUGAAAACAACAUAACAUUAUAGAACCAUUACACAAUAUUCUAUCUCAUAAUUCUCAUCUGGAAAAGCAAUUUAGUGUAAUGAUGUUAAAAUCAGAAUUUAUUUUUAGUGCAAUAUUUUCUUCAGAAUUUGAACAAAUACUGGUAUUAAUUAAAAAAUAAAGAAUAUUUGUAUAGAUUUUAACCUUUAAAGAUAUUCUGGGUUUGCAUUUCUUGUGGCAAAUAUAACUAAAACUAAAACUUUUGAUGUCAGGCACAGGUUUGAAGUAGGGGGAGAGGAAAUCCUGCCACUGAUAGGUUGGAACUCGUCUACCGAGUCUGCUGGGCAAACCCUUCACUCGAGUUAAGGGUCUAAAUUGCAGCCUUAGGAGCGCUCUUUUGAGUGAUUUCUGGGGCGAAAUCGCCCAGAGCCCCAUGUAGGUACUUCUGUGGUUUUCAAUUGAUAUUAAUUUCUUUUUAUUUAGGUCUAUAUUAGAUUAUUUGAUGAAUUUUUAUGAUAUUUAGCAUGUUUCAACUUACCACUUCCUAUCCAUCGAAAUCAGUAAGUGGCCAUCUCAGCAACUCUUUGGAUCGCUUUCAUCAUCAGGAAGGCUGAAGCUUAGUUCUGAAGAAGAGUCAAAAGUCAAUGGUUUCUCAAGCACUGGCAAUUCUGAGUGGUCAGGCAUAUUGGGCGUGUGUACCCACUCCACAUGUCCUGACAAAACUUCUAAAAUAUUCUGAGCUUGUUUUGAGGUCAGUCUGGAACAGUAGUAUUCCAAGGAUCUCUGGUCCUUUAUCAAAUGACAAUGUUUUAUUACUUGUUCGACUUGGUGUGAUGAUAAAUGCUGCAUGAGGUCAUUUUUACCCACAAACAGUGAUACAUUUAUUGUGUUGAGGAUCAGGGAUUCAUUUGAUAUGUCUCUUUGAUUGAGGCCCUGGUUUCAGAAGAGAUAAAUUCAUUAUUGUGCAAAUCCUCAGAAAAAUCAUGAUCAUUAAUUGCUCCUGAUGCAGCUCCUACAUGUAAGCUUGUAGAUGAAGAAGGAGUGCUUAUACAAGUAGGCUUACUUUGGCAAUCAACUGAUCCACAGUUGCAGGAGUCAGCACACACAUCACAGCAUUUGUGCUUUUGGGUAAUAUCGGCAACGUUGUCUGAAGAGAAGUGCCUUGAAAGCAUUUUUCUCCUGCACUCUGUUUUAUUAAGGCAAAAUGCCUUCAUUUCUUUUGUAACAUGCUUUCUCAAGGUGUCAUAGGCAUUCACAAACAUGGUGGCAUGACCAUCUCUUUAAUCUCUUGAAGCCCUGCCAAUUUCCUGGGUGUAAGAUUCUUAGUCAUAGGGGCAACCAAAGUGAAGAACUUCAUGAACUGCUGGGUUGUCGAUUCCCAUUCCCAGGGACACUGCCGCAAGCACCAAACGAAUCUGUCCAUCGUUUCCCGACUGCAAACAUGAAGUGAUCUUCAUCUUUGCCUCAUCUUUGCCGUAUUUGGUGCUUCAGCGUGAUAUUUCCCUAUCAAGGCCUUACACUUAAGGUAGUCCUCCACUGAACAUUACUCUUCCACCAAUGCUAAGAUACAUGUAUGAUCACAUGAUGUGUGAAGCUUUGUCAGCGAUAAGAAAUAAAUUAGUUUGAUGUCCACUUUCUCUCUUUUUUCUAUUAAAUCAGCCACUAUGUUGUUGUAAAAAUAGCAGAAUUUGUGCUCCUGGCGGUGAUGGUUUCGUGAGAACACCUAUUAAAGUAGUACGUGCCUCCAAUCCUCUGCUAUAACUCGGUCAGAAGUAAAGAGAAAAGCUGAUGACAAACAACCGAUAGAGGGCACUGUCUCACCAAAGAAGAAAGCUAUGCAGUUAGCGAAAGGCUACAACAGUUGUAUCCAGUCCCGAUCUCAGUAAGCAAGGGAUUGGUGUUCGACGAUCACCUCGUAUGCAGAUCCCCUCCGCAUCAACGACCAGCAGCCCAGCAAAGAGCCUCACUUUAGCCGCUGCGAAGGCUAGUGCUCCUUCCAGCCCUAGGACUAAGGAGGUGGUAGUAGGUCCAAAACCAAAGAACAAGACAUUAUUCAAGGGCAUGGCUUUCUUACUGACCCAGGGAGAUGUCAAGAAAAGGUCAAAGGUCGAUACAAGUACCAGUGAUAAUGAUGACGGUGAUGAUGAUCCUGAUGAUGGUCCCUUUGAAAAAGACUAUGCCAGAAAACAAAUAGAAGCAGGAGGAGUUGUCUUGAAAGACAUUUAAAAAUUGUAGAGAACACAGAACAAGUUGUUUGUGAUAGCAAACACCUACUGUCAAACUAUGAAGUAUGUGUAUGCCCUGGAAGCUAAAUUCCUUGUAUCUGAAACCUAUGGAUCAGAGAUUGCUCAAGAAUUAAACUUCCGAAUCACAAGGCAUACAGGCUACAAGCUGGAGAGUCUGUGGAUGGAGAUGUCAUUGAAUGGAAAGCACGAACUGAACAAUACGGGAACUUGUUCUUCCCAUCUACUAUAAUUGAGUGGAAUCACCUGAGUGACGCUGUCAUCAACUCAACAUCGACAAGAAGGCCAUUGACAAAACCUUCUAAUCCUCACUCCCCCCUCAAGGCAGCUGGUUAGAAAUAAACACUAAAAAAGAUUGUUUUGUAGACGUCUCACACAUAUAUGUAUGCACAAUACACAUGUAGAAUUGUCACCUAAGAUUUAAGGUAAAGCCUCUGCAGUAUGGAAAGCAAGAAAAAAUCGCAGAAAUAAAAAGUCCAACGAUCCCAGACCUGUACAAAUUGCUGUCGGGCCAGUAAUUUUUCAGAAAAUAGCAAAAAUAUAUCAAAUUGAUACAAAUUAUAUUUUCUCCUCUUUUGUACAUUAUAAAAAAGACUCUGGCAUCCUAAAAAAAGUGGCUCUCCAAAAUUGAGAAAUGGCUCAAGAAUUUUUUUUUUUUUUUGGGGGGGGAAUGUUUGUAUGUUUUUUUUUUUUGGGGGGGGGGCAAUAAAGGCAAUAAAAGACAGUAAAAUAAACUCAAGUCUUUUUCAUGGUUUCUUUAUUUUGGGAGACCAGUAAAUUUUAGGUUCAGGCUAGUAAAAAAUGGAAAACCUGGAUAUUUACUGGUCCAACAUGAACAUGUUGGACCAGUAGAAAAUGGUUAGUGUGGAGCCUUGGAACUUUAACACAGAAAAUGUCAUCAUGAAAUGCUGCACAGUAAUUACUGUAAAAUUGAUAGUAAAUUUCCAAUACAAACAGAAAGCUCAGUCUAAAAUGAUUCUUCAGAUAAUACAAUUCCUGAACAUGAGAGUAACUUUGAUCCCCCUGGCUCUUCUGCCAGAUGUCUUUCUCACUACCUUGUGUUCUAGUGGUUAGAGCAUUGGACUCAUGAUUGAAAGGUUGUGAGUUCAAAUCCCAGCUCUGCCUUUAUCUCCAUUUUAAGUGAAAAAGCCCCAAGAGUAAUUUGUGACAUCUAUACCAGUCAGCUACAAUGACUGAUUAACUUAAAAGAUCUACGUAAAAUGUUCUGUAUGAUUGGUUAUAUGCCAGCAUGGCGUUGAUGCGACGAAAAAGCUGCUUUGCUGAGUUCUGCGGGAGUUACUCAACAGAUAGAGAAAGAAAGAGAACAUACGGUCUAUUAGGUUUAAUUCUUUGUAC